UAACAAACAAUUUUAAGACGCCGUCUCAUUCGUUCAAAACACCUAGAAUCAUGAAGUCUUUCGUAGAGUAUUCAUCGAAUUGUGAUUUUCCAAUCGAGAACCUCCCGUACGGUGUUUUCUCUACGGCCAGCAACCCGCAAAAGAGAAUAGGAGUAGCAAUAGGCGACGAAAUCUUAGAUCUGUCCGUUAUCUCGCACCUCUUCGACGGGCCACUGUUAAAAAACAAUCAAGAUGUAUUCCGUCGCGAUUGUCUCAACGACUUCAUGGCUCUGGGAAGACACGCCUGGGCAGAAGCAAGAUCCAAGCUUCAACAAUUAUUGUCAGCCGCUAAUAACACGCUGCAGGAGGCAGAUAUUCGUUCAAAAGCAUUCGUGCCACAAAGCGAAGCAACGAUGCAUCUGCCAGCGAAAAUCGGUGAUUACACAGACUUCUAUUCCUCUAUUCACCACGCCACGAAUGUGGGCAUGAUGUUUCGCGGAAGAGAGAACGCUUUGAUGCCGAAUUGGAAAUAUUUGCCUGUUGGUUACCACGGGAGAUCGAGCUCCGUCGUUGUAUCUGGCACGCCGAUAAGACGACCACGUGGCCAGACACUUCCGGUGGAAGGUGCAGCCCCGGCUUUCGGCCCUUCCAGAUUGAUGGACUUCGAGCUCGAGGUGGCUUUCUUUGUCGGAGGACCUCCCACAAAUUUGGGCGAAACUGUCCCAGCAUCGAAAGCGAACGAUCACAUAUUUGGAAUGGUCACUAUGAACGAUUGGAGCGCGAGAGACAUACAAAAGUGGGAGUACGUUCCAUUGGGGCCCUUUGGAGCAAAAAAUUUCGGGACCACCAUUUCCCCGUGGAUCGUCACUAUGGAGGCUCUAGAACCUUUCAAAGUUCCCAACGUGUCCCAGGAACCAACUCCUUUUCCGUAUUUGCAGCACAACGAAUCCUGUAACUUCGACAUGAAGCUGGAGGUCGACAUCAAACCUCCAAGCGGCGUGGUUAGUACAGUUUGCCGUAGCAACUACAAAUUCCAAUACUGGACGCCCCAACAGCAAUUAGCUCACCACACCGUAACCGGAUGUAAUAUCAAUCCGGGCGACUUAAUGGCUUCGGGCACAAUAAGCGGAGAGACCUCUGAUUCUUUUGGCUCGAUGCUCGAGUUAUCUUGGAAAGGUACUCGACUCGUACCGUUGAAAGAUGGAACCAGCAGAAAGUUCCUGCAAGACGGCGACGAGGUGACCAUUCGCGGUUACUGUGUCGGCGAUGGCUAUAGAAUUGGAUUCGGGCCAUGCUCAGGGAAAUUGUUGCCCGCUCUUGCUGAAUAAUUCUGACGUUUCGUAUGUAAUUUCUCGUGCUCGAGAUUGCAAAUCGCGCAUUACAUGCGCUUCUUUUUACCUUUGUAUCGUGGUUUGUAACGGAAUAAAUAUAUACUAUAAAUUUGUACACUCAUUUGCCUUCA